GUGUGUGUGUGUCAAGUGUCUGUGUGUGGAGCAGGACGCUUCUAAUCCGACUACAAUCUCCAUCUUCUUAGAUCAGUUUCUUCUCUACCUUCACAUUUCACAUUCGACAGUUGAAGCUGUAAGCCUGUAACUAAUCUGCAAUGGAUACUACUGAGGAGGGAAAAGUUGCAAAAGAGCCCUCCGCUGGGAAAGUCCCCGACCUUACCCACAAUGUAAGGAAGAUGAGUCAGAUGACAAACAGUGCUGUAAGUGAAAUGAAAAAGAUAGCAGAGCAUUUCGAUUUGUAUGACAAAGAUAUUAAGAAUCGGGAAAAAGAGUUGGAGGAGGAGAGAAGGAAGAUCGAAUCUGAGAAGAAAGCGACUGAGAGAGCAAUUCUUUCAAAAGUUAAAGAAUCUGAAGAUGCUUUAAGGUUGGCAGAAGAACGAAAGAAAGAAAACGAAGAGCUCCAUAGUAGGAUUACUGAACUGCAGAACAAUCUUGGAAAUUCUAUGACUUUGGCUUUCGAACGAAAGAAAGAAAACGAAGGGCUCCGUUGCAAGAUUGCUGAACGGUGGGAGAAACUUAAAGAUGCUGUAACGUUGGCAGGAGAACAAAAGAAAGAAAACGAAGAGCUCUGUAGGAGGAUUACUGAAGCACAGAAGGAACUUGAAAAUGCUUUAAGGUUGGCAGGAGAACAAAAGACGGAAAAGGAAGAACUCCAUAAAAUGGUUGCUGAACUACAGAAGAAACUUGAGUCCAAGAAGGCUCUGGAGUUGGCACUGAAGGUCAUUAGAGAGUUCAAUGAGGAUGGAGAAGUUGGUCUUAAGGACAAGAUGAAUGGUGAGGUGGGGCUUAAGAAGAAGACGGGUGCGAUUCACUGGAAACAGAGAAGAAAGCGCUCGAGCCGACUUUAUCCAUCAGAAGAUAAGGACAAAUAUAUUGAACAUAUGGAAUCGCUCAACAACAUUCUUACUGCUAAGGAACUGAAGAGCAACGAUGAGUUGCAAGAAGCCCGCAAAGAGUUAAUUAAUGGUUUCUUGGACAGCCAGGCUUACAUUGGUGUCAAGAUAAUGGGAGUGCUUGAUAGUAAGCCCUUCCAAACUGCAAUAAAGAGACGGUAUACGGGUGAAGCAGCACAGAAUAAACAAACAGCCUACAAAGCAACUUAUGGCAAAGUGACAACCAGGAGAGAAUAUGAAGGUGAUGCAACGGAUGAGCAAGCUCUAGAGUUGUGCUCAUUGUGGGAGAGUUAUCUAACGGAUCCAAGCUGGCAUCCUUUUAAGGUCGUCCGUACGGGUGGAGAUCAUAAGGAAGUGAUUGACAAGGAGGAUGAGAAACUCAAAACUUUGAAGGAAGAGUAUGGCAAUGAAGUCUAUGAGGCUGUUACAACAGCCUUGAUUGAGAUGAACGAUUAUAAUCCUAGUGGACGUUAUGUCGUGUAUGAGCUAUGGAAUUUUAAGGAAGAGAGGAAGUCAACUUUAAAGGAAGGAGUAUCUUAUUUGCUGAAACAGUUGAAAUUGUACAAGCGGAGGAGAACCACUCGUUCUUGAGACGGUCUUCUUUGGAUGGUUGGUACUUAGAAUCUUGGGGAGGGGAAAGAAAUGUCAGGAGCAGACUAUCUGGGUAAAUAACGUGCAACUGCUAAAUCUGAAGAUUUCCGUUUUGACUUUGCGCAUCUUAUUUUGUUUUUGGCGCUCUUUUGGAAUCAUAGGAUAGUUGUUCCCCCUGUUUUGUUUCUGAAGCAAAAUGAUGUACCUAAAUUAUCGCAAACCUCGUACUUUUUGAGAUCAAACAAUGAUCUUGUGUAUAUAUUGCCUUUCAAGUCA